GAACGGACCAGGAGAGCUAUGAGUGUGACAUGUGUCGGCCGGAGGCGGGUCAGCUUUAAGAGCAACUUAGCACAACGAGAAAAAUGAGAUUGCACCUGUAAGUGUUGGGAAGAUGGAGAUUGAUGUGGAUAGGCUAUUACAGGAAGGUAUAAUGAAGAGGCAGCAGCCAACAGACAAUGUCUUUCGGCUCCAUCUGAUGUCAACAAAUAAUGACAUGGAAGUUGAAAAAAAUGUCUUAUAUGAGGAUGUAUGCCCUAAAAUCCAACAAAUUUGCCAUCAUCAAGGGCAGGUCUUACAGGUUAUUGAACACCCUCCAGAGGAUGCUUUCUCACAUUCCACAAGAAAGCAAGACAUUGAUUCAUCUUAUCAUUGUACACUUGUAUUGAUUGGAGAAAAGCGUGCUCCUACCACUUUACCUAAGGUCAUCAAUGCAAGAGAAUUCAAAGUACUGAUGGAAAUAGGAGAGAACUUCCUUGAACAUUCCCCACUGAUGGACAGUUUUCAGAACUUAUCUGCAUCCACUCAGCUGGAUCUGAAACAAGACAUGAAAUCCACCUUAACAUUCUUGCAGAAACACUACAAGAAGGACUUAAAUUCUGUACCACCAAGCUUCAUAUUGCAACCUGAUCAUAGAUCAAGCUUGGAAAACCAGUUGUCUAAUGGAACCGAGUUUAAGGUUUGUCACAUUUAUGUCCAAUAG